AUGGACUGCGGCGGUGGGGGCGGGGCGUCGGGGGAUGGCGAGGAGGAGGAGCGAGAGGGCUGCACGGCGGCCUCGCAGGGGUCCAGACUGCCCCCCAUCUCGGGCUGCGCCAAACGGAAGGUGAAGAAGAAAAAGAAGAAGAAAAAGAAGAAAAAGACCAAGGGGUCUGGGAAGGGGCACGCAGAUAAACAUCAGAGUCGAGGCCUGAAGACUCAGCAGCUGUCUCCAUCCUUCCAUGGCAUCUUAAGUCCCAGCAAAGAUCACGGCCUGGGGCCAGAGCACAGACAGGACAGGGAUGAAAGCAAGCUCACCCCCUCUUACUCCUGCGCCGUAUGUCUCCCCUGCUUUGCCGAAAUAGAAGAGACCCUUUCCAACCAGAUCAACGAAAGUCUGCGUUGGGAUGGCGUUCUCGCCGACCCAGAGGCAGAAAAGGAAAGGAUUCUCAUUUACAAGCGGAACAGAAGGAAGCGGUACCGGGUUUGGGCCCUGAGGGGCUUCCACUCUGACCCCGGUGACGAGGAGGCCCCAGAGAACCCAGCCUCCCUCUCUGACCAGACGGCGGCCGCGGCGGCCGGCAGCCCUCGCUGACAACCAAGCGCCCCCAUC